AUGGCGAAAUCCAUGAGAUGCAAGAGGGUGAAGAGAUUAAGAGCUAUCAGAAGGGAAAUAGUGGAGAAGGAAGCAUUCACCCUAACGAGAGACGACGCCAAGUCCGCCGCAAUCGAAGCCGCACUCGCCGCUCCGAAAUUAGAAGUCCGUCAGCCACCACCUUCUCCGUUCAUGGAAGUUGCGACGCCGAACUCGGAGUCUGCUUCUGCCUCCGGUACUAUCGCCAAAGAUAUGGAAAUGGAUGAAGACAAGCAUAGCAAGUCACUUAAACCCAUUGGGAGGAAGUUGAAGAAGAAGUUUAAGCUUGGGAUGAAGAAUCGUCGCAGCAAGGGUGUCCUUCGAGGCAAGCGAGUCUAA